AUGCUGAUAUCAGUAGGAAUUGCUAUCCAAGCAGUGUUACUAGGGCUGGCACUCUUUACAGUUAUUCUUCGAUGCUGGACCAGACUUUACUUUGAAAGGAAGAAACUCACUCUGUGUGAGUAUUUUGCAUGCAUGGGCUGGAUCUUCGCCUUGGGAUGGCUCAUAACUUCGACAUUGUCCAUGCUUAUCUUGGUUCAUCAUCCCCCCGCUGGCCCAGAUCUUUUGAUCCCGAGUGUCAACUACCAGAAGAUAGUCUGGGUAGCUGAAUACUUCUUCGAUACGGGCAUUUACUGGCCAAAACUCUCUAUCCUCGCCUUUUAUUGGUAUCUUAUCCCAGACGUUUUCCAAUCCUUGAGGGUAGCGCUAUAUAUAAUUACUGCAUACCUUAUUUCCUGCAUGACAACAUCCAUCCUACUCAACACUCUGAUAGCAAGACCUAUAUCAGACAAUUGGUCGGUUGAGAACCAACUGAACUCCGCCUGGAACUCCCUGCCCAAUUUUCUAACGCAGUGGUGCCUGAACUUCUCGACAGACUUAUUGUUAUUCUGUUUUCCAUUCUUCAUUCUCAAACAUCUUACUUUACGCACUGAGCAGAAACUCGGUCUUGUCGGCGUCUUUUCUCUUGGUGCGAUCACACUAUCAGUUAGUCUUGCACGCUUCAUCACAAGCAACGCAGCGGACUAUCAGCUCGACGAGCCAUCUGGCAAUGCACUAUGCAUGGCCGAAAUGGCGACUGCAGUUAUCGUUGUUUGCCUUCCUGGCCUGAAGAAAUUGAUCAUGCGAUCGAGAACAUCUACAAGCACGACAAGUCGAGGGUUCAGCUCAGCGCAAUCGAGCUCAGGUCAGUCAUCCAAUGUGACAGCAUCCAAAUCGAGGACUGCGUCACAGGCCUAUGCUGAGUGGGGUGUCAUGGACGAUGAGAUUGAUCUGGUUACUCGUCCCCAGCAAGCAUGUUGA